AUGAAGCCGGAGAAUCAGGAGGAUGACCAGGGUGGACUGCGUGUCGACGGCAGACGAGCGUUGGAACUGAGGCAAAUUCGUAUGCGGAUGGGAGUGUUCGGACAGGCUGACGGAAGCGCGUACAUAGAGCACGGCAACACGAAGGUCUUAGCCACGGUAUACGGCCCCCGUCAGCCAAGAAGCAGCGCAUCGAAAAGUGGUACAAAGGCUAUCAUAAAUUGUCAAUACAGCAUGGCCGUGUUUAGCUUUACCUCUGGCGAACGGAAGCGAAGACCCAGGGGAGAUUGGAAGUCUCAGGAGAGAUCAGCGCAGUUGCGUCAUGCCAUGGAGGCCAUAAUACACCUCGAGUUGUAUCCGCGCUCUCAAAUCGACGUCUUCGUGGAGAUUCUACAGGUCGACGGCAGCGAUUAUUGCGCAUCUGUGAAUGCUGCAACGCUCGCGUUGAUCGAUGCUGGGAUUCCAAUCAAGAACUAUGCAAUCGGCUGUACCGUGACUCUCAUCAAUAAGCCAUCAACGGAAGACGAAGAUAAAAUAUUAGCGAUGGGAGUAUUGGACGCGAAUUACGUGGAGGAGUGCUCACCAGGAGUUACUUUGUCCGUUGUCGCAUUACCGGAAACGAAUGAUUUGAUUGAUGUGGAUGAGAAUGGUUUGAUAGUGGUGGCACAUGGAGCAGGACAGAGAUUACAUUUGUCACGUUUAGAAGCACUCAAGCGACGCGCGUUACAAGGCUGUCAAGACAUAAAAAAUAUAUUGGACCGUGGCGUGAGGCAUCAUCUAACUGCGAAUCUGCUGCCUUCCUUUAUGCACAAUUCGCUCGACUAAUAAAAAAGGAAGGAAGAGAAGGAUAAUUAUAUUUCAUAAUACAGUCUGUAAAAGAUUUUAUGUCUAUAAUUUAAUAAUUACUGUACAUAAUCUAAUAGAAAAUUGCUCCUUAAAAAAAA